AUGGCAACUACCAAGACAGUUAUUGACGUGCACAAUGGGAAGUUGACUAUGACAGUCUUGGGAGAGACUGUAGAAUUUAAAGUAUUUGAUUCUCUAACUAUAUCUCCUAGCACUUCAAUUGAUGAAUAUUCAAAUGUUGAUUGCAUAGAUUAUAUUGUUUAUGAAACAUAUUUACAGUAUAAGGAUGAUAAGUUAGAAGUUGCAUUAACAUUAGAAAAGCAUGAAGAAAGUUUAAAUGAAGAAGUCUUAGACUUACAUGAUAAGUUAGAUGAAGCUAUUCCAAUAUUACCUGAUGAAAGCACUAUUGAACCUUUAGAUUCACCCAUUAAAAGCAAAUUAGAAAUUAUUAAUGAACCACCUAUGGUUGAGCUUAAGGAGUUACCUAACACACUUAAAUAUGUCUUUGUAGGAGAAAAGAAUACGUACCCAGUGAUCAUAGCCUCUGAUCUUUCUCCUUUAAAGGAAGAGGCAACUAUUAAAAAAUUGAGAAGACUUAAAAAAGCUAUUGGGUGGGAAAUUUCUGAUAUUAAGGGGAUUAGUCCAACAAUGUGUAUGCAUAAAAUUAUUUUAGAAGACAAUUCUAAAGCGGUUAAAGAUACAAAACGACGACUUAAUCCCAACAUGAAAGAAGUUGUAAAAAAGAAAGUUCAGAAGUUAUUGGAUGAGGGUUUUAUAUACCUUAUAGCUGAUAGAUAUUACCAAGUACCCAUUGCACCUGAAGAUCAAGAAAGGACAACUUUCACAUGUCCCUUUGGAACUUUUGUGUUUAGAAGGAUGCCUUUUGGGCUUUGCAAUGCUCCAGCAACAUUCAAAAGAAGCAAUCUGACUCGUGUACUUGAGAGAUGCACUGAAUGUAACUUAACAUUAAGUUGGAAAAAGAGUCAUUUCAUGGUUAAACAAGGUAUUGUGCUAGGGCAUGUUGUUUCUAGUAAAGGUAUUGAAGUAGACCAGGCAAAAAUCAGUCUAAUUACCAAAUUGCCCCCUUCUACUUCAGUAAAGGGCAUUAGAAGUUUUCUUGGCCAUGCAGGAUUUUAUAGGCGUUUUAUUAAAGUCUUUUCUAAAAUUGCCCGUGCUUUAACUGAAUUGUUGGCUAAAGAUGUUAACUUUGUUUUUAAUGAUGCAUGCCUACCUGCUUUUAACAUCUUGAAAGAUAGAUUGAUUAGUGCACCGGUUAUUGUGGCACCUGAUUGGUCUCUUCCCUUUGAAAUCACAUGUGAUGCAUCUGAUUAUGUUAUAGGAGUGGUCUUGGGCCAAAGAGUUGAUAAAGCUUUAUAUAUAAUAUAUUAUGCUAGCAAAACUCUUGAUGAUGCUCAAGUAAACUAUUCGACAACUGAAAAGGAAUUUUUAGCUGUUGUAUAUUCAUUAGACAAAUUCAUAUCUUAUUUGGUGGGAUCUAAAGUCAUUGUUCAUUCAGAUCAUGUAGCUUUGAGAUAUCUUUUAACUAAGCCUAAUGCUAAACCACGACUUAUUAUGUGGGUGCUCUUAUUGCAAGAAUUUGAUAUAGAGAUAAGAGAUAAAAAAAGGUGCCAAAGAAGUGGAAAUAUUAGCAAACAAACUGAAAUGUCUCAAACUUUUAAUCUUGUGGUUGAACUGUUUGAUGUGUGGGGCAUCGAUUUUAUGGGACCAUUUCCACCUUCUCAUGGUUAUGAAUGUAUACUUGUUGCUAUUGAUUAUGUAUCUAAAUGGGUAGAAGCAAUAGCUACACGAAUUAAUGACACUAAGAUAGUAUGCAAAUUCAUAAAAGAUAAUAUUUUUAGCAGGUUUGGAACACCUAGAGCAAUCAUUAUCAACGGUGGAACAUAUUUUUGCAACAAGAAAUUUAGCGCCUUACUAAAAAAAUAUGGAAUAACUCAUAGAGUUCCAACACCUUAUCACCCACAAACAUCAGGACAUGUGGAAGUUAGCAAUAGACAAAUUAAGUUAAUACUUGAGAAAUCAGUGCGCCCAUCUAGAAAAGAUUGGGCUAUGCACUUGACUAAUGCCCUUUGGGCAUAUUGA